AUGGUGAUUCUAUCAAAAGCCGAAGCUCAAAUCUGCGCCGAAGAGACGCUAUGGGAGCCUCAAAUGGAGAAAGACGCAUGCGGAGUUGGAUUCGUAGUGUCGAUCAAGGGCGAAAAGACGUAUAAGAUUAUGGCUGAUGCGCGGAUCAUGCUGGAGCGAAUGGCUCAUCGUGGUGCUUGCGGAUGUGAUAUGGAUACUGGAGAUGGAGCUGGUGUACUGGCUGCUAUCCCUGAUGCUCUAUAUAGGGAUGAACUGAAGAAAACGGAUGACGUGGACCCGCCACCUGUUGGGGAAUACGCCACCGGCAUCCUUUUUAUGGCUGAAGGCUCAUACAAGCAAGCGAAGGAAGCAUUGGGCGACCUGGCCCGCGCUUGCAAGCUGAAAUCUUCCUCACCGCGGGAUUAUGCCCACGAAGAUAAAGACCAGUUCGAGCGCAACCUCUUCCUGCUGCGAAAACGGUCGAAUACCGUGAUGCCGAAGCAGAGUCUCGACUGUUAUAUCUGCUCUCUAUCGACGACAAUCAUCGUUUAUAAGGUUUCGUACAUCAGAUGUGGCAACAUCUUAUUUAGGGGCAAUUCACUCCUGCAACAGCCAUACAAGUACUACGAUGAUCUGACCGACACACGCUUCAUCUCCCACAUAGCUUUGAUUCACUCUCGUUUCUCCACAAAUACCUUCCCUGCAUGGCAUCAAUGGUUGCCCAUAAUCGGUGAGAUCAACACUCUUCGCGGCAACAUCAACCUGAUGCAUGCUCGGGAAGGUGUCAUGAAGAGCAAGACAUAUGGAGAAAAUCUUGAGAAGCUAUUCCCCGUGGUCGAAGAUGGGUUAACCGAUUCUGGGUGUUUUGACACCCUACGAGUUUCUGGU